AUGGAGGAGGUGAUGGUGGAGGUGAUGGAGGAGGUGAUGGAGGAGGUGAUGGAGGAGGUGAUGGAGGAGGUGAUGGAGGAGGUGAUGGUGGAGGUGAUGGAGGAGGUGAUGGUGGAGGUGAUGGAGGAGGUGAUGGAGGAGGUGAUGGUGGAGGUGAUGGAGGAGGUGAUGGAGGAGGUGAUGGAGGAGGUGAUGGAGGAGGUGACGGAGGAGGUUAAGGCCCCACAGACCCCUCAGACCUGGCCACGGCCCCCACAGACCCUCGGCCCCACAGACCCCACAGGCCCCACAGACCCCACAGACCCCUCAGACCCCCCUCAGACCCCUCAGGCCCCACAUAGCCCCUCAGGCCCCUCAGACCCCUCAGGCCCCCCAGACGACCCUCAGGCCCCACAGACCCGUCAGCCCCACAGACCCCUCAUACCCCUCAUGCCCAACAUGCCCCCUGGCCGCUCAGGCCCACAGGACCCCCUCAGACACCCUCAGUGCCCCACAGGCCCCUCAGCCGCUCAACCCCUCAGAGCCCCUCAGGCCCCCAAAGACCCUCAGACCCCUCCAGCACACCCUCAGAUGAAGACCCCUCAGACCCCCUCAGUCGACCUGGCCACGGCUCGGUACAGUCAGAUCACAGGUACAGGGCAGAUCACAGGUACAGGGAAGAUCACAGGUACAGGGAAGAUCACAGGUACAGGGCAGAUCACAGGUACAGUCAGAUCACAGGUACAGGGCAGAUCACAGGUACAGUCAGAUCACAGGUACAGUGCAGAUCACAGGUACAGGGCAGAUCACAGGUACAGUCAGAUCACUGGUACAGGGCAGAUCACAGGACUCCUGGGAGACAGCAACACAACAGGGCCUCUCGGUCUGAGGCUGGAGGGAGGAGCCGGCCGCUGUCAGGGGGAGGUGCAGCUGCAGAGACCAGGUCUGGACUGGACUACAGUGCAUCCAGAAGAUGUUAUCCUGGAGUUUGGAUCCAGAAUCUGCUCUGCUCUGGACUGUGGCUCCGCUCUGUCUGUGAGGGGAAGACCAAACUCUAAACAAACAUCUGUGGAAGUCAAACAUGAGUGUGAGGAGACUGAACUGAUGGACUGCUUUGAGGAUCCAUCUUCAUCAUCACAGAGUCUGGAACUCAAGUGCUCAGAGUCUGUGCGGCUGGUUGGAGGCUCUGGUCUCUGCUCUGGAUCACUGCAGAUCUGGGACCAGUCCUGGACCUCGGUCUGUGAAGGGGCCUUGGACCUGAGGGGAGCAGAGGUGCUGUGCAGGGAGCUGGACUGCGGGGCUCCUUCUUUCCUCCAGGGGGCGCUCUCUCCUCUGGGGCAGACGUUCCACUGUGAGGGCCAUGAGUCUGCUCUGAUGGACUGUCCCCGCUCCAGACCCAAGACCUGCUCCUCUGGACCCAGUGUGAACAUCACCUGCUCAGGUGAGGGGGUGGGGCUCAGGUCAGGGGGUGGGGCUCAGGUGAGGGGGCGGGGCUCAGGUGAGAGGGGUGGGGCUCAGGUGAGGGGGUGGGGCUCAGGUGAGGGGGUGGGGCUCAGGUCAGGGGGUGGGGCUCAGGUGAGGGGGCGGGGCUCAGGUGAAGGGGUGGGGCUCAGGUCAGGGGGUGGGGCUCAGGUGAGGGGGCGGGGCUCAGGUGAGAGGGGUGGGGCUCAGGUGAGGGGGCGGGGCUCAGGUGAGGGGGUGGGGCUCAGGUCAGGGGGUGGGGCUCAGGUGAGGGGGCGGGGCUCAGGUGAGAGGGGUGGGGCUCAGGUGAGGGGGCGGGGCUCAGAGCCGCUGAGGCUGAUGACAGGGGCCCGUCGCUGUGCUGGGACCGUGGAGGUCAGAGAGAGCGGAGAAUGGAGACCAGUGUUUAAACCAGACUACUGGACCCUGGGUCACACUGAGGCCGUCUGCAGAGACCUGGACUGUGGAUCUGUUGUUUCUGUAGAAGAGGAUCAUUCACAGACUAGUGUCUGGGGGAUCUCUGAGCUCUGCGUGGAGAGGAGGAAGUCUGCAGCGAGAGAGUGUCUGUGGGCAUCAGAUAUCUAUUCUCCCCCGGCUCUGGGGGUGGUGUGUUCAGGGCUGUGA